ACAAAAGGAUGUAUAUGUUUAGCAAAUGGCACUCGUAUUGUUUAUUUGAAAAUCUAGUGUUUGGCUUGUGUUCACGGAAAAAAGUUUGAUUUCAUUUUGCAAGAGCUGAAAAGUAUGGUACUGAGAAAGGUGCUUAUGAUGAUUCUAAUUAUGUCCAUCGCUAUACAAGAUUCGGAAACUAUCAAGUGUACUCCUGAUUUUUGUGAGAAAGUUCACUGCCAUCCUGUGACAUGUGGACCUCAUCAAAUGCUGCGUCGAAGAGCCGACGCGUGUGGAUGUUGUGACGUAUGCACGGCAUUGUUGGGAAUAGGAGAUCCUUGCAUAUCCCUACGAGGUCCCCCAGCCACCGCGCAAUGUGGAAAAUACCUUGUGUGUAUGCACAGGCGUUGCAUUCCCCUAUAUAGAGUAAGCCAUCACACCGAUCUAGACAAAAAGGACACUUUGGUCACGUAGAAGGGCUUUACCUGGUCUUCUUCCACUGAAGCUACUUUAUGAAAAGAGUCAUUUGAAAAUAAAGGGUUUG